AUGGCUCGCGCAUCUGGAAAAGCGCACAUAAUUGUACUGGAUGUAGGUCUUGCCACUGCGAUGGCUACCGGGACCGAUAAGCAAUCCUUUUUUCAGAAGUCGAAAGCUUGUGCAUCGCUUAUCAUACAACGAAUGAUUUUCAGCGCUCCAAAUGACCAUGUUGGUGUCGUGUUGUUCGGAACAGAUGAAACGGACAACCAACUCAAUAUCGAAUUAGGAGGAUACGAACACAUUACUGAAGCCUUCGACUUGAAACAAGCAAACUGGGCUACCCUGAGAAUACUGUUGGAUCAAGUAACUCAAACCAAGGUGAAAACAAGCUGGUUGGAGGGACUGAUCGUGGCAUCGAACUUUUUGCGGAGCGGUGCUCAGGGCAAAAAGUUCACCGAGUACAGUAUAAUUUUAAUUUCCCCAUUGUUAGAACGAACCGAUGUCCGGGAGGAUCAGAUAGAGAGCGUUUUGGAUGUCAUAGGGGACAUCAAUGGCGCAUUGCACUUGAUAACAAAUUUUGUACUACAUCCGGCAGCAUCUAUCGGAUCGAUUUUCACCACAUCGGGUACUUUCGAUGAGCAAGCAAGCAAAACAGAAGUACGGUCGCAAAACGAGCGAUUGGUAAAGAAAUUGCUAAAGGACACCGAUGGAACCUUGUCCAAUAUAAACUGGGCUGAGCGAAUGUUAACAUUCUUCGACCCAAAGGUGGUACGACCUACACCGUGGAAUUCCAUUCUCAGCAUUGGCACGAAGGUGAAUGUGUCCAUUUCGGCGUACGUUAUGAUCAGCGAACAGAAAGGAUUGGGAUCGUUCAAAGUGGACAGUGCAGACGAGUUGUCCGGCACCACCUCUAAGGUGGAAAUGAAAACACAGUACUUGUUGAACGAUAAACCAAUCGAAAUAUCAAUGCAAGAUAUCAUCAUGGGAUAUAUGUAUGGUUCCACGGUGGUACCUUACGACAAUACGAUCGAUAUUGAGUAUAGAUCGGGUGAAUCGCGACUUGCUUGUUUAGGAUUUACCGCGUCAAGCAACGUACUUGAGGAACAUUUGAGCUCGAAGGGGUCGUAUGUUGUUGUGGCAAAAAAGGGAUGUACCGCAUCGAAUCACAAACUGGCCGCAUUGGUUAAAGCAAUGCACGAACUGAGCGUCGUCAUGAUCGCCACUAAGGUGUACCGCAAAGACAAUAAACCAAGGCUGAAUGUCUUAUUGCCGACGUACAGACACGAAAUUCCUUGCCUCGUGAUGAUGGAGCUUAUAUUUAAAGAUGAGUUGUGCUGUUUGAAAUUUCCUCCGCUGUUAAAAUCCAAACCAGUACCAACAGAUGAACAAUACGAAGCGAUAGAUAAGUUAAUCGAUAGUAUGAAUUUAAUGGAUGCAAUCGAUGAUUCAAAUGGCGAGUCGCGUGAAGCCUUUGCUCUGCACAACACGUAUAAUCCUACGCUUCAACACGUGUACCAAGCGGUAGCCCAUCGAGCACUCCAUCCCAAACAACCCUUGCCACCGGUGGACACCACAUUACAAGAGCUGUUUGAAGUCCCCAAAAAGGUAGCAACUCGUUCAAAACCAGCGCUUGACGACGUAAAGAGACUGUUCGAUUUGAAGGAAAUCAAACAAAACACUCGCACUGAAUGGCUUCAACGGAUGGCAAAGAUCAAGCUAGCGGAUGAUGCUGCCUCUACCGUCUCUACCAUAGACAGCGGUAUUCUCAUGGACGAUGAUGAUGCCGACCGUAGAAUGGUUGUCUCCGUGGGUAGCGUAACACCGGCGGAAGAUUUUGCUCUUCUUUUGCGCAGAGGAGAAAAGUUUGCCACCGUUGCUACCCAACUGCAGAACAUACUGUUCGAACUGUUGUUCAUGUCGAUGCGUCCUCCGGGCGAUAAAGUAGUUUUGGCGCUGAUGGUAUACCGUAGCGAAGCACAAACACUUGGUCCAUAUCGGUACAAUGAGUGGGUGACUGAGUUUAAGGACAUGCUUUUAACUCGCCGCAAGGAAGAGUUCUGGGAGCAGAUUAUCGUUGGUAAGCGGUUGGGGCUUAUCGAUUCGCAGGAGAGUGAGAUGAGCACGAUAAGUCUGGAACAGGCGGAAAAUUUCUACAAGACACCGACACAAAAUAAGACUACAGUCGAAAGUUCCGGCGGAGAAAACAUAGAUUUGGAUAGCUUGUUCAAUGAACUAAACGAUUAG